UUAGCAGCAGUUUCAUACCCAAAUUCUGCCAAUUAAAAACUGUAGUUUUUGUGUUUGGGCAGCUCGGCAUCACAAUGUUUACAGGCAGCUAUUUCGUAUUCCUUGCUGUGCGUAAUGGAUCUUUUCAAUUUCUUCUUCACCUUGAACCACCGUUGUUAAUGCUCAAGGACAUUUGCAUCUGACGUUGCCAUCCCUGGCCUGGUGAACCAACACCAUUCAUAGCUUCCCUUCAUCAGUUUUUAUUCCCUCACUAUUUUUCAUUGCCAUUUCAUUAGAGCAAAUAUUGUAUAAAAAUAAAUUAAAAAGACACCGGGAGUGAAAAAAAAAAAAAAAAAGCUUUUGUGUGGCACACAUCAUUUUUGACUGAUUCGUGAACUGAAAUUUGGGUCCAAACUGAUUUGGUAGCCUUGGGAAACACUGUAGGUUGUACAAGUCAAAUUAUUAUAUUUUAAUGUAACAAUAAUUCACAAAUUACGUGCACGAGGACUUUGUAAAUAAUCAAGUUUUUCUCAUUGCAUAUUAUUGUUUUAAAUGCAUAUAAUAUAUGCAUUUAAAUGGCAAUGGACCAGGACAAUAGAAAAUAUAUUAUUAGGUAUAGGGGGAAUGUUAUAAUUGGGAAGUGAAGGGUGUAAUGUGUGUCAGGCGGGUGUGAGUUCAACAGUAUUACCUUGGAUUUCUUUGUUCCUCUCUUUCGUACUCCAUCUCUUUCACGUAUGAAGACGUGACUCACUGAUAACUCUGAAUGAAGGACAGUGCUUAUAAAUCAUCCGUCCCUCAUCAGAACAACUGAGAAGCUCCUUCUCUUCACAUUUUGGAGUAUAUAGUACAUAUACUCACAUAUUACCUGACAGCCCUUUGUAACUGCAGGGACAUUAGCGUCUGAAGAAAAACUAUACUUUAGUCUGUUUUAAGUCUUUUUUUGGUGUGUCUGAGCAGAAGGCAGUUUGUAGUGCGUGGACCCCCCUCUUCUGGGGAGAAAAACCUGUGGCACUAGCGUUUGAAGACCAUGACAUCCAACAUUUCUGUCUUUCUUUGCCUGGUGCUGGUGUCUUGUGGUUCGACUGCAGUCAUCACUGGGGCAUGUGAGAAGGACUCUCAGUGUGGAGGUGGCAUGUGUUGUGCAGUCAGCCUGUGGAUCCGGAGCCUGCGAAUGUGCAUCCCGAUGGGUCGGGUGGGAGAAGACUGUCAUCCAAUGAGCCACAAGGUGCCGUUCUUUGGCAAGAGACUCCAUCAUACAUGCCCUUGUCUGCCUAACCUCGCCUGCAUUACCAUAGCUGACAGCAAGUCCAAAUGCCUCCCACCAUUUCCAUUCCAGGAUCAGUACCUUUGAUGAAGAUAUUUGCCUGUGUACCAUGCAAAAUGUUUGUAUAAAGUGUAUAGUUGUAAAAGUGUUUUCUUGACUAAUUUUCAGAUUAACUUUAUUGAAUUUAUUUAAUCUUUAUGGAAAAUAUAAAAUGAAUGAUAGAAGAUAAGUAAAUUAUGGGAAUGAGAUCAUAAAAUGUAAACGUUAAAUGCAAAAUGUCAGAAUAUGACCAAAAUAAAUAAAUAUACAAAUUAUUCUUAAGCUUGUUUAAAAUAUUAUACACUAAGGUAAGGUAAGGUUUUUUGGUUGUUUGUUUUACAGAAAGCAGUGUUUAUUUCCUGCCUAACUGUCUUGAAUUCUGCUACUUAGCUGCAUUUUUAAAGGGAAAAAAAUGAGAAUGAAGAGAUGUGGGCCUCUGAAGAUUUGAUUUAGAGGGGGUAAUAGCUAUUUAAACCUGAAAUGCUAUUUAAAGUAUACAGGCAUGGUCAACGUGUCGUGGUUGUUAUCAGA